AUGGACCCCAGCUCUCACAAACGCUAUCAUCUACAUGAAUGGGAACCAACAGACAUGUUUAAUACAUAUUAUUCUGGAACAACUGAAAAAUAUAUCACUGAAGAGUCUGUGAGAUUUACAGUUGAACAACUUUAUAAAGUGAUAGGGCAAGGUAUGCUAUGUUUAAUACAUUAAUACAUUUAAAAAACACUACACCUUGGUAUUAUAUAUAUAUAUAUAUAUAUAUUUUAAUUCUUUAUUUUUUGCAGUGCAUAGAGUAACAUACAGGCAUUUCUGGACAUCAUAGUAAGACAAUGAGUUAAUAAUAAAAGAGUAGCUUAGUACACCAAAGGUAAUGCAAGUUUUGUGUAAUAGUAUAAGCACUAUGCACAGCCUUUCAGCGAGUAGCAGGAGGAAAAUUAACAUAAUGAGCAUCAACAGGUCUUUGGUAGAAAUUGUAAGAGUAAAUAAGGAAUGAAAACCUACAGCUUGUCUAUAAGUGUAAGCUUUGAGGAGACCCCCCAAUCAGGUAUUAUGUGAAACAAGUUUGUAGUUGUAUAAUGCUUCCAAAAUAAAUGUUUUCUUAGGAUUUUGUUUUAAAGUUUGUAAAAUAAGUUAUGUCUUAAUUCUUCAAAAAAAGUAUGAACCUUAGGAAAGCCUUGAUGGGUGGCUUGGAAGUAGAGUUGUAAAAAUGAAGAAAAGUUUUCUAAAAUGAUAUAAAAUAUUUAAUAGUUAUUGUUUUUGAUAUUCAAAAUGUAUUCAAAAUUAUGACCUCUUCCAAUUAAAUCCAAGUGAAAACAAGAUUAUACAAGAUUAUACAAAGUAAAGUUUUUUUUUUUGCUUUGUUUGUUUAUUUUUUUUAUCUUGGGUAUUUUUCUACGCAGGUCAAAUUCAAGGAGACUAUUUGAUUGAUAUUUCUGCUGGCUGUCACAUUCACCAUCUAUUGCCCAUUUUUGAGUUUUUUAGAGAAAUUAUUAUUUUAGAAUUUAGUGAUCUCUGUGUGAAGGAACUAGUGAAAUGGAAGCAUAAGGAGUCUGAAAGUUAUGACUGGACUCACGCCUUAUUGAUUAUGGCAGAAUUGCAAGGUACGAGGUAAGGAUCUAGCUACCAGCCAUGUUUUUGAUGAUUAUUGAUUUAAAAUAAAUGUCCAUAAACUUUAAAGUUAUUUAAAGAAGUAAUAUACAACUGGAAGGCAAAUAUAUCCAUGUAGUUGAUCAGGGACAGAAUUGUGUUCUUUUUGACUAUUAAUUUAUUGUUUCUAUUCUCUGUCACACAGACAUUCACACAUCUCAAAAGAAUGGAUGAGUCUCUCUAUACAGAUAUUGAUUCUUAAAGACUUAUUAGUGAAAUGUAAUACAGGUAGUCUUCACUUUGCAACCUACCUGCAAAACAACGGCUCAGAGUUACAGCCAGCUCUGAAGUGCUGAGAUUAGACCUUAAAGGGACAUUGUAGUCACUAUAACCAUUUUAUCUCAUUGAAUUGGUUAUAGUGCCUGGAGUUCCCUGGCACUGUCCCUCCACUCAGUGUUGCACCAUGCCACAACAUAAGAGUCCCUGGCCACCUACAGUCCAGCCCCUUCUGUAUGUGUAGCUAAGGCAGAGAUUACUCACUUCCUUGUUGUCAUACCCAUUCAUACCGUCAGUAUGAAUAAGAACAAAGAGGAACUACAAUUGGUGUAUAUAAAAUUAAACACCAUAAAAAAUAGAAACUAAGAUACAUUCACAAACGUAUGGAUAAAAUUGGUGGAUUAUAAUCAAAAAUGAAGACUUCUUUUCUUCUCUUCUCUCACUCUUUAUGCUUUCAGGGUAAGAGAGGAAUAUAAAACAUAGUGUAUAACUGUAUAUACACAAAAUAAAUACUUUAUUAGAUUGCACUCACAGGAAAUCAGUAGUUAAAAAGCCCAUCAGAUUCUCAGAGAAAAACAGGAAGAAGCUGGUAAACACCCAGGAUAAGAAGCAUGCGAAUAUGAAACAAAAUAUAUAAUAAAAAAUGCAGUAUAAAAGCAAUCAUGCCACCCUACGUUUUUUAUCCUAAGACUUUGUCAGGGGCAUCCGGCUAUUGUCCUACAGUCUUGUCUUCCAAUACCAUUUAAAUGUCCCGCUUGUUUCUUUCUCAAAGUUUGUAAGCCAAUCCGGAACAAGUCCUUCAUUAAAUCCACCUGUAAAAAAUAAACGUAAUUCAGCAACCGGGGAUUGGGAGGUGGGAGGGAGAGGGGACCUGCAGUGCCAGGAAAAUGGAUUGUUUUCCUGGCACUGGAGUUUCCCUUUAACAAGGCCACAUGGCUAUGUGGGUGGUAAUAUGGCUUCAUAUGAUGUACCUUUUUAUGACAUAAUUUAGCGUAGCAACACAACUUCCCAGCAUGCAUUUUUAGAAUCAUUAUAUAUUACAUGGAAUUUCCAGAAAUCCAUUUAACUAUUGGCAAAUAAAUACGAGAUUUGUGAAAAAAUUUAUCAAAUUGAUUUGUCUGAAAAAAACACCUUUGAUGCGUAUUCAAACUAAUCGAUUUGUUCUGAAAAUAAAUGGAAAUUCCAACUCUGAAAUACAACAUUAACGGAAACAGCUCAUCUGCUUAAAACAAAUUGAGGGGUUUUGAUAUGAAUAAAUCAGUUAAUUAUCAGAUUACUCAUAAUGUUUAUUGAUAAACCGAACUAUUGAACAAGUCUAAUAGAUAUGUUGAACAAUUUGGCAAGACUUAUUUCCAAAUAAGUAAAAACAAAACAGAGCAAAUCAAUGCUCCUUAUAAACACAUACUACAGAUCACGUGUUAUAUGUGUCUCUAUUGUAUGUAUGUAUUAAACUUUUAGCCAUCUGGUUAUAUUUUUCAGCUUCAAGGGCAAAAAAAUUGAAAACGCUUUAAGAAGAAAUAUCUCACACAUUUUAAAAUGUGAUUUCACCAAGGAAAACAUUACAGAUCCAGUCGUUGUACCAAAAGCAGACUGUGUGGUCAGUUUGUUCAUUUUCCAUCUGGUUUGUGAAGAUCUAGACGAAUAUUGCAGGCACCUGAAAAAAGUGUCAUGCUUGCUAAAACUGGGUGGACAUCUGCUGCUAUUUGGAUUAUUCAAUGCAAAAUAUUACACUGUAGGUGGGAGCAAAUAUCACUUAUUAACAUCUGAUAAAACGUCUGUAGAGGAGGCCCUGACAGAUGCAGGAUUUGUUAUCGAACACUUGGAAGUUAUAGAAAGCAAAAUGCGGAAUGAUACAACAUAUUUGGAACAUAUGUGUUUUAUUAAGGCCUUGAAAGAAAGCAAUGUAGUUGUUUAA